AUGUACUACCAAAAUGUCAGGGGUUUACGUACAAAGCUAUUUAAUUUACGUACUAAUCUAGUCACUCUUAAUUAUGAUAUAUAUCUUUUAACUGAAACUUGGCUUUCUGCGGACAUCGCUAAUUCUGAGUUAGGUUUUAAAGGGUGUAUGAUUUUUAGAUGUGAUCGUAAUUCCGAAAACAGUAAAUGUAUUCGUGGAGGAGGAACUCUUAUCGCAGUGAAAAAUGAGCUUAAUCCCGUUUUAAUAAAAUCCCCCUCUGAUAGUGUUGAGCAAAUUUUUGUACAGAUUACUCUACUCAGAGGUGUUACAGCGCUUAUUGCUUGUGUAUACUUGCCUCCUGGUUCAGAUAUUUGUAUCUAUGAAAAUCAUGUAGCUUCAUUAGAUAAAAUAUGGGGUUCAAAUAAUUUUAGUUUUGGUAUGGUAUUUGGAGACUUUAACCUUCCAAAUGUUAAAUGGGUAAAUACUUCUACUAGGUUAGAAUAUUACGGUCCUAUAUCUGAUAAAGUCCGAUUAAUAGGUGACCAGUAUUCUUUAAUUAAUUUUAAUCAGAUUAAUGAAAUACGAAAUGUUAAUGAUUCUACUCUGGAUCUGUUAUUUACUAAUGCCAGUAAUGUUCAUGUUAAUAAAGCCCUUGAUUACCUUUUGCCCUGCGAUUCUUACCAUCUUGCACUCUCAAUAUCUUGCCUCAACCAAUGUUUUAUCCCCUCGUUUGAUACCAAACAUAAAUUUUACGAUUUUAAUAAUGCUAAUUAUGAUUUGAUUAAUGGCGCACUUAAUUCUAUCAAUUGGUUUGAUAAUCUUAGCAUGCUGUCAACCAAUGAAGCUGCUGAUUUUGUGCAAACAAACCUCACAUCUGUUAUUCAUAAAUUUAUACCUAUUAAGACAUUUCAACGCCUACGUUGUAAUCCUCGUAUGUUUUGGUCCUUUGUUCGUGAACGCCAAGGUGAGAACAAAAUUCCUAACGAGGUUUUCCUUGGUACUGAAAAAGCAUCUGGUAUCCAUGUUCCCGAUCUCUUCUCGUCUUAUUUUUCAUCCGUUUACAACAAUCAUUCCAUACCCUCAUCUGAUCAUCUUGAUGAUCUUAACCUACCUCAUUUUACUUUCCUUCCCUCUUCUCUUUCUAUAUCUUGUGAUGAAGUACUCGAAGCAUUGGAGCAGUUGUCAAAGACACGUGGGUUGGGUCCUGAUGGAAUUUCUCCUUUGUUUUUAUAUCACUGUCGUGAUAUACUCUCUGUUCCUAUUUCCCUUAUUUUCAAUAAAUCCCUCAAUGAAGGUGUUUUUCCUUCUUCUUGGAAAAUUAGUAGAGUGACUCCUAUUUUGAAAAAUGGCAAUCCUUCCGAUGUCAAAAACUAUCGACCCAUUUCUUGUUUGCCUUGGUUAGGUAAAAUUUUUGAGUCAAUUGUCUUAAAACAUAUUCAGUUGAAAUUUUUAUCAGUUUUAUCUAUUGAUCAACAUGGCUUCUUCCCUAAACGUUCCACUGUCACUUGUUCUCUUGAUUUCUUGUCCUAUGUUCAUGAAGCGUUAGAAUCUAAAUCUCAAGUUGAUGUUAUAUACACAGAUUUCUCUAAAGCUUUUGAUUCCAUUAAUCACAACAUUUUAGUUUUUAUCUUAGACCGUUUAGGUGUCGGUGAACCUUUUUUGUCUUGGGUUAAAUCAUACUUAAGUGGAAGAAGUCAGUUUGUCCAAUUAUUUGGUAUUUCAUCCAAGAUCUUUCCUACUCCUAGUGGUGUACCUCAAGGUAGUCAUUUAGGUCCUUUAUUAUUCAAUAUUUUUAUAAAUGGGAUUUUUUCUAUUGCCUCUCCAUGUCGUAUUAUUCUUUUUGCUGAUGACGCUAAAAUAUUUUAUAAAAUAUCUAAAGUAGAUGAUUGUUUGACUCUCCAAAAAGUCUUAGAUCAAUUUGUCAUUUGGUGUAAGACAGUUGGUUUAUGUCUUAGUGCUGGAAAAUGUAAAGUCAUGUCAUUUUACCGAUCUAGUGAAAUGAUAAAUCACAAUUAUUUUCUCGACAAUGUAGUGUUAAAACGGGUCUCCCAAGUAAACGAUCUGGGUUUUGUUUUUGUCCCCUCGCUAGAUUCUAGACCACAUAUUGACCUCAUAGUUGGUAAAGCUUUGCGUAUGUUAGGAUUUAUUCGUCGCAAUACAACACAUUUUAAAUCUCGUGACUGUUUAGUGGCUCUAUAUUGUUCUCUCGNAGAGGAACAAUUAAUGUUUUAG